AUGACUACCUAUCAAGAUCAGGACUUCGACGCAAAGGGCUACAACGCCGCUAGACCGACGUACCCGGACACCUUCUACGACCACUUGGUCGAACACCACAAGUCCCAUGGAGGCGCUUUGGAUCUAGCCUUGGACGUUGGCUGUGGACCCGGUUUCGUGGCUUUCAAACUCCUCAAUUACUUUAAGCAAGUGAUCGGCACUGACUUCUCGCCAGCCAUGAUUGGUCAUUGCACCAAGGAUCCCAGAGUGGAGUUCUCCGAUAAGAUCCGGUUCUAUGCUGCUCCAGCAGAACAGGCACCAGAGGAAAUUCAACCCCACUCGGUCGAUUUGAUCACAGCUGCUGAAGCGUGCCAUUGGUUUGACCAUCCAAAAUUCUUUGCCGAAAGUGCCAGAAUCUUGAAAUCCGGAGGCACUCUCGCAUACUGGUUCUACUUCGAUCCCGUCUUUGUGGGCAACCAGAAGGCCACUGAUCUUGUAGUUGAAUGGCUGUACGAAUCGUCCAAGAAGAAGUACGGAGACUCGUAUGAGCGUUUCUUUGGGCCAUACUUCGAUCAGCCUGGCCACGAUAUCUUCAGAACCACCUUAUCGCAUAUUAGCGCCAGCUAUACCCCAUUGUACAUUGAGAGAAACAUCUCUCUUGAAAUCUUCAGAUCCCAGGCAAAGAGUUGGUCUGGCUACCACAACUGGAAGCACGACAAUCCAGAUAAGCCUGACGCAGCGGACGAGUUGAUUGACAAGUUAGCAGAAGCGCUUGGCGUGGGUAUGGAUGAAACAUUGCGUGUGGUCUUUCCCACGGUCUUCACGUUUGCCACGAAAAAGUAG